AUGUUUGCAUCGUUGGAUACUCCUGCUGUUCACCAGCGUAAAAAGUAUGAGUUUACUCCUAUAGGGCACAUAAAGGAGAAAGAGAACAUGAUAGCUCAGGAACUGCGGCAAAACAAGAGACCCCCAUUAGAAGAUGAGGAGGAUGCGGCAAUAGAAGGCAACUAUAUGAAGCGGACCCGGGUUGGAGACGACACGAUGAACUCGCAGCAGCUGUUUAACGAGACUUCAUUUGAUGAUACGCUCCCUGAGCAGACCCUCCAAGGCAUCUCGGCGAUCAAGAAGAACCUGGCCCCAGAGCUGCUGAGCAACGACAACAAGGAGAAGGCGGAAUUGGCAUCGAACCCGCUCAAGGAACAGCAGCACGCUUUGCAAAAGCUCAACAUGGAAAACUACAGUUUGCGCGUGAAGUGCAAUAGCUUGUUGAAGUUCUUGAACAACGUGACAGACGAUGGGAAGUUGAAGCAAGGGCUUGAGAUGCUCGACGAGCUACAGGAGUGGAAGACAAAACAUCACGAAUUGAUCCAGAGAUUUAAAGAGUUGCAGUUGCGCUACGAUGAGCUGGAGCAGCGAGAACCCGAGCCACUCAAGGUCGCUGAACCAGCCGAUCACUCUCACUGUGAAAAGCUCCGUGCAGAGUUGGAGACUUCGUUGAAGGAAACCAGGUCGCAGCUAGAUGAGGUCCAGGCGACUGUUUCAACUUUGGAGAAGAGAUUGGUUGAGGUGAAGAAAGACUACUCGGAGAAAGAACACCAGUAUAAGAUGAGCCUUGACAUUGCCAAGAGCGAAAAUAACCGGCUCACUUCAUCUCUCUCCUCUAGAGAGGACGCUUUGAAUGAGGCACAAGAGAAAAUAAAUCGCCUUAUGGUGCAGUUGGAGGAGUUUGACCACACGAGCGGUAGUCUUUUAGAGCUAGAAAAGAAAAUCGAUGAUAAGAACCAAGGUAUAAGAAACUUGGAAACGCGGCUACAAGAGCUUAACUUUCAUAGACAAGAUUUGGAAAGACAACUUCUCACCGCUAAUGAGACUAUUGAAGCUUUGAAGAAGGAGCAUGAAGAGUACAGAGAGCAAAAUGAACUAAAGCUGACUUCUCUUCAUAAAAAUACAUCCGGCGAAGAUAGGUUGAGAAAACAGUUGAGGGACUUAGCAGAGGACAAGGAGGGUCUUCAGAAAUUACGACAGACAUUAGAGGAGAGAAAUAAGGAGUUAGAUGAGAGGGUGGAAGCAUUGGAGUCUCAAGUUGCUGCAAUAGAGGAAGAUCGUCAGAAAAUUAUCGGCGAGCAACAGCAAGUGGUCCGCAACCUUAAACUAGAACACCAAAAGAGGGCACAAAAUCUCAAAAGGGAGAUUGAGGAACUACGAGAACUCAAUCAGCAAUUGGAAGAGACAAAUAGGUCCUACAAAAAGCGCUUUGAGCAUUUUUCCAGAAAUUCGCCGGCCAGAAAGGCCACCCAGGAAGAACUAACGGCCAAGGAUCGGGAAAUCGGCGCUUUGAAGAGAACAAUACGUGACAUAGAGGAAAGCGUUCUUCGUACAACACGUGAAUUAGAAACCGCGAAGAUUCAACACCGUCGAGAAAAAUCCAUGCUAGAGGCAAGAUUGGAUCAGGCGGCUUCAGAGGAACCCUUUGAAAGAUCCAGAUUAGAGAAAGAAAUAUCCAUGCUCAAGCUUGAAAUUAGAUCAAUCCAAGAUACUAAGGAAAGAGAGCUCUCCUUGUGGGAGAGUAAGUAUGAGUCCCUGAAAAAUACGUACGAGAAGUUGCUUCAACAGGAUAAACACAGCAACUUGAACGAGAUAUUGGAAGAUAGGAGGGAAGAGCUCAAGUCGUUAAUGAAGAAAUACAACGACUUAACGACUGAGAACCUAGAGCUAACUAGGGAACUGAACAAGCAGAAGAGUCAUAAGGAAGCUUAUAAAGAAGAUUUGCGCAAAGUACAAGCCCGUUUAGACUUCAUAACAAAGGAGUUCGUUAAAUUAAAGGAAAGCGCACCCGAACCGAAGGAUUCUUCAGACGAACUGAACUCCAAAUGGAUGGAAAAGUACCAGAAUAUGAAAAUAAAGCUACUUAAUGAAUUGAAAGUGCUUCAAGACGAAAAUAUACAACUAGAGAGAAGGCUAUUAGAUAGAAGCCAACAGCAAAGCCAUAAUCUCGCAGAAACACCCACACAAUCGAGAGAUUCCUCCCUGCAGGAUAAAGUUGAUUACUAUAGGUUGAAGUACCAUGAUGAAGUGCGCAAGAAUAACGAUUUACGGGUGAUCAACGAGUACCUAAAUCGCGUAUUAAAGGCUAGUUCGCAGCACCUCAAACUCGAUAUUCUUAAGUUAGAAAAUGAGAUAUCUCCACUGAACAGCAGCACAACUUAUAUUAACGAUUAUGACUACAGUUAUGCGCCAUCAUACUAUUCUAGACGGGGCAGACCCCUCAAGUUCAAGACAGUCGCAAUUUUUGUGCUAUCAUGCAUAAGAAUGUAUCAGGCUACUCUGCGUCGCAGGUGGGACCAGCAGAGAAUCAAUUAUUUACAGAGGAAAAUCGCAUAUGGCGAGGAUAGGAUCACUUGGUAG